AUGUCGGAGUUUCCUAAGAAGACCUUCACUGCCGCCCGGUCGGGAAACACAUACCAGUACAUCCGCAUCGAGGCGACUUCACCAGGCAAAACCACCGUUGCAUUCUUCCAUGGCUUCCCCGCCAUUGCUUUUGGAUGGCGGCACCAGAUCAAGUGCCUUGCGGACAAGGGCUAUGGUAUCAUAGCGCCUGACUUGCUCGGAUACGGUGGCACUUCCAAACCAGAACCUGCUUCUGCCUACCGGACGCGAAUCAUGGUCGAAGAUAUUAGGGAGGUCUUGGACCACGAGAAGAUUGACAACUUCCACGGUGUUGGCCAUGAUGCCGGGAGUUUUUUCUUGUCGAGACUGUACAACUACCACCCGGCAAGGUUGUUGAGCUUAACGUUCGUCUCGGUGCCCUACAACCCUCCUGGAAUCCCGUUUGAUCUAGAGGCCGUGAAUCAGUUGACCAAAAAUAUGAUUGGAUUUGAGAAGUUCGGAUAUAUUCGAUUUCUCGCCUCGGAUCGCUCCCCUGAGGUCAUCGGCAAACAUCUCGCAUCGUUCCAAUCUAUCAUAUUCCACAAGGAUGCCGACCUUAGGGCGGACGAGUUCUACCCGCCUGGGCGGUGUGAGGCCUGGCUCGAAGCAGACCGAGACGACGACCAGAUUAUCCUGGACGCAGAAGAGAGCGCAGCAUGGAUGGAUGCUUUCCGCAGAGGGGGAUUCUUGGGGCCAACCAAUUGGUACCGCGGGAUGACUGAAAAAUCGGCUAUUGAAGAGGAGCAGGCUGACUUGGCGGGAGGUAAAUUGACCACCAAGCUCCAUGUUCCUGUUCUAGCGAUCGACUCUCAGCCGGACAGGGCCAGUUUGCCUGGAUUUUUGGUGGGUUCUAUCAAGCCACAUGCAGAGCGAUUGACGGUCAAGGUCGUGGAGAGCCAAGGCCAUUAUCCGCAUAUUGUUUCCAAGGAGGAAGUCAACCAGUCUUUAUACGAGUUUAUAUCAGGGAUCGAUGCGUGA